GGGUGUGCAGUGGCGUGUCUGUGACUGUCGCGCUCCGUCCGGUCGCACUGGAGACACAGGACUCCUGCAUCGGUAGGUGCAGAGUUCAGGGAGCUGUGAGGUUUGAGAGAGCACUCGGUGAACAUUUCGAGGUGUCCCGCUGAUAGCGCCGGAAAUCAAGAUCGUCGACGAGCCGUCGAGAGGUUUCACGUUUGACGUUUUUUACGUAGAUUGAUUCAUCGUAUCAGGUCGCCAUGGCUGCGGUCACCCAGCCGCGGGCCAGCGGCAUCCCCCAGCCGGUCUCCAAGGCACGCGGCACCAGCCGGCUGGCGGCCAUGCAGUCUCAGUUCCAGCAGCGCUCCGCUGCUGAGCGACAGCAGAGACUGGCCGAGCUGGCUCCGGUGCGCGCCGCGCCGGCCGAGCCCGCCCGCCCCGCCGCGGUGACCGAGAGAACUACAGCUGAGCCUGCCCCCCGCGCGGCGGCGCCACCGUCGCGGCAGCCGGUCGCCGCCAGGGGUCGGGUCACCAACGGCAGCACUGCGGCCACCGUGUCUACCGGAGGCCGGGCUGCUCCGAUGGGCUCGGCCGCCUCAUCGACGGCCGGUAGCGGCGGAAAGGUGCGCGCCAUGUUCCAGUCCCGGCGCGCAGGAACUGCCGCAUCCGCUGGCUCCGCGCACCAGACGUCUCCCAUUGGCUGGGACAAGAGCUACCCGCUGGAGCCGAUCAAGAAAUCGGCACCUGCUCGCUCCUCGGCACCUCCUCCCGCAGCGGUAAGUGAACCCGUCGACGAAGCAGAUGCGCCGCUCCACCGUACACUGAGUGACGACAACCUGACUGCGGUCGAGUCCAAACCGAGGGCAGGCAGUAUCCGCAGUUCGCUGACGAUGCCCGAGCUCACAAUGCCGGAGAUUCAUGUAGUGCGAGAGAAGCCUACUCCUCAGCAGCGCCAGGCGGAGAGGCUGCGAAUUAACGCCGAGCUGCGCAGGAGGGACCACGAGCUUCUGGAGCGCAUCCGGGACCGGUCGCAGAAGCAGUGCGGUCCGCUGUCUCGCAGACCGAUGCGCGUGAGUCACACACGUCGGCACACAUCAGUGAGAUUUUGUAGUUUCCAGCACAGUCUCGAGCCGUUCAGGCCAGCACGGUUGUUUUAUUUCUAGUUUUUAUUCUUUAUAUGCGCACCUGUCGUUGCAUGAGCAAGGCACCAGGACUUUGUCGUUGAACG